CCGCCCACCACGAAAUAUCCCCAUAACCUCCUACCUCCAUCCCCUCCCUAUAUUCAAAUCCCACUCUUUCUCCACAUCACCAACCUCUCUCUAUCUCUCUACCUCUCUUUACCUCUCUCUACCUCUCUCUACAUCUCUCUACCUCUCUCUUCCGAUCCUUCGCUCUAGAGUAGUCGGCUUUCUUGUUCUUCUCUCGACCCGUUCCCUUUCGAACCCCAUUCCUAGAUUUUGAACAACCUGUCUUAGCCUGCAUCUUUCGUUUUCCGUGCUUUCCAUUUCCGCCAAUUGAUUCAUAUAUAUUGUCCGACGUCGCCCAUACCGAAAGCCAGCCUUUAGUCAGAUAUAAAGAGACUUUGUCGACGACAGCACUGUCAUCGACCCGUCGGUCCGGAUCACAUGGGCCCCCAAUAAUCGUUCUAAUUGCUGUUUCCUAGAGGGAAGGGGACGGUUAUUAUUGACCUGGCUUGACCGGUGACAUUUGGGGAGGAAAGAACGACUUAGACCUCAUACCGAUAUACCCGGAAUCUGCGCCAUCUAGUUUGACUUUACAACGGCUUCACAUAUUUACUGUCUGCCUUGACAUAUCGCCGAUUCAUUAUACCAAUUAUUUCUACGAACAUUCGUACAACACCAGCUACCAACCUCGACGUUUUUUAGAACCCAAUCGACACCGGAGACAUCCGAUGAUAGCGGCUUGAGAGUUGCAUUCGUCCCAAGUUGUGUAAGGAUGGUGGUUCUCAACCUCGUUCUAUUAUGCUUCUUUUCGACCUUGGUGUCCGCUUUCUAUCCGUUUGUGCCGAAAUACAGAUGUGUUGAAGAUGGGACCUGCUUGGAUCUUGCGGUGCGUGAAACCCCCGCUGUUACGCUCGGCGAGGCACCCGAGAGGCCAGGAAUCUUCAGGAUUAAGAUCGAGCAAACACCUCCAACAGAUGAUAUUCCUCACGACGUGAGGGUAGCCCGCUACGCGGCUCAGGUGGCCCGCAAAAAUGCUGCGAAAAGAGACAACAAAUUCGCGACCACCAAGUCGGAUAAGCCCACGACGCCGAACAGUAACGCAAUCGACCAGGAUGGGACGGACUUCAGCUACACGACGUCGGUAUUUGUUGGAUCAAAGAACAAGCGUCUCCGCAUGCUCGUGGACUCUGGCGCCGCAAGUACCUGGGUUAUGGGGUCCACCUGUACUAACUCACCCUGCCAAAUCCACGAGCUCUAUGGCCCAGCCGAUUCGGAUAAAUACAAGCCGAGUACGACGACUUUCAGCUUUCAAUACGGCACCGGAAAUGUCUCGGGGCUUUAUAUCGAGGACACCAUUGGGCUUGCUGGGUUCAGCUUGCCCAUCCAGUUCGGUGUGGCCGAUGUUGUCUCUGACGAAUUCAACAACUACCCGAUGGAUGGCAUCCUCGGCCUUUCCCGUGUUCCAAACGCAGUGGUUCCAGGCUUCGUAUCAGCUCUGAUGGACAAGAAGCUGUUGGAGAAGAAUAUCUUCAGCGUCAACAUAUUCAGAGCUUCCGACCUGGCCAACAACGGAGAGAUUACAUUUGGUGGUGUGGAUGCCUCGAAAUACACUGGAGAGAUCACAUACACUGAUAUUACCGCACCUGGGGCCUCAUGGGUCAUUCCUGUCGACGAGGCUGGCUUCAAUGGGAAGGUUUCUGGACUGAAAGGCAGAAAUGUUAUUAUCGACACGGGAACGACCUAUUGCUUCAUGCCCCCAGCGGAUGCGAAAAUCUUUUACGCCAACCUACCUGGUGCUAUAGUCAGUAAGGAUGGGAGCUCGUACGCUGUGCCUUGUACGACAACGAUUCCAGCCGAGUUUACGUUCUCGGGCGCCACGUAUUCUAUUCCGUCAAAGGACUGGGUUGGUGGCAAGGUUAGCGGCGUGGAAACCGAGACCAUGUGUACGAGUAAUAUCUACUCCCGCAGCGCUACUGAGGACGGAAGUUGGUUGCUGGGUGAUACUUUCUUCAAGAGUGUCUACGCGGUCUUUGACCUGGACCAGAACCGCAUUGGGCUUGCUUCCAAACCCGUUGUAGUUACGCCACCGACACCAGCGUCGUCAUUAGCAUCAGGCUCCGCCGCCCAAAGCCCAACCGGCGGCCCCGUCGCCACAAUGACCACCGGCUCCCAGGGAUUCAACGCCAUCUCCGGCUCCUCCAGCGCCCCCACCCCAGCAUCAGAAGCGAACCCCGCCUCCCCAGACGCCGCGGUACAUGCACAGACGAAAAACUCGUCCGCUUCCUUACUCAACACCCAGUUCACCCUCUGCAUAGCCGCGUUCAUCGCCGCCGCCGCCACCACCGUCGCCACGGUCCUCUAGAUGACCCCGCGAUACCAUUCCUUUUUCUAGCCGCCCUUCUUCGACUUACUUUUGAGCUGGCUUCACUCAUUUUGUACUUCGCGUGUUUGUUUUUUUAUUCUGCAUUUUGGCACCAUCACAUUACGACGAGAUAGCUGGGACUUUCUUGCAAAUUGUGCAAGUAUGUAGGCGGGCCGCGGUGGAUGGAGGCGGGGCUGCGUUGGGGGGGUUA